UAUGCAUUCGUCGUUUUGAGACACGCUGAGCCAGCGUCUCAAAUCAUUUUAUCUGUAUCAAUUACGUUAUGACAUUUACGUGCUUAUCAAUAUUGUGGGCCGCCCUAGUGGUGCUCAGUGCUCAAAUGGAUUCUUUGGAGCAAUUAUCACUAGAAGAUGAACAGUUCGAACCGAUAAUUGAGAACAAGAAUGUGAACAUCAACGUGAACGUAAACGCUCAGGAAUUGGCUCAAGAAUUGUGGAAGAUAAUGGAGACUCGUUUAAACAAUCGUACUAUUCAUAUCACCAACUCAAAGAGCAUUAAGAAGGAUCUCGAAAGGGCUGUAAUACCUCUAGUAUCACAUAAUAGAAGGGACGGAACAUCCCCGUCCGUCUUCCAAGUAGCAACUCAACUCGAUAAGAUCGCCCGAAGGGCGAUCAUCAGAGACUCACCAAGUAUAAAUAUGUUAGACGAAGAAAUCAUGGCGAGGGGUAUUGUGGCAGACAUGAUGGCCUCCACGAAGAUGACUCUAUCGAAACAGACUUAUCCGAAGACUAACCAGAAGAAGGAUAGUUUCAGCAGAAGGAUGUUGCAACGUUCUGAUACGAAAACAAUGUCGAACGAUGAUGAGCAGAAUUACGUGAAUAAUAACAUUCCAUAUCUCGCCCCGAGAUAUUAUAUAACGCCGAGAAAGCUGAAGCUUCAAAAGAAGAACAAAAAUGAAAAUGAAAACAUGAAUGCUAAUAUUAAUGAAAACUUAAACAGCAAUAUUGAUACCAAACGGCAUCAUAGACGUUCUUUCAACGGUGGUGAUUCACAUGUACCCAAAAUGCGCAAUCAAAAUACGAAUAGUAACGUCAAUUUCAAUAGCAAUGUAAAUGCGAAUGAAGCAUUCGAUUUUAGCGACGAAGAUGAAGUUUAAAUGCAGAUAAAUUGCGGCUUCGCUCUAAAAAAAUCAAGAUUAUAAAGAUUGUUACACCUGAUUGUAAUUUCUCUAAAACUAUCUAUUGCGAGAAUAAAAUAAUAGAACCAAACUGUUUGUAAUAUUUACAUUUCAAACUAAA